CUUGACUCUAUGGAUUUACUCAUUCCUUUUCCUCUAUUUUUGUCAUCUAUUCCCACCAAGGAGUCCCCAGCCCCAGAUGUGGGGUGAGGAGUGGGGCUGAAACUUCUGCUCUCUGAAGGAAAGGUUGCAGGCGAUGAAGAGAAAAAGCAGCUGAAGGAGCAGCUCUGGAAAACAGGGUCUUUUGCCUGUUGGAAAAUGCAUUUACUGUGCUUGUUGGCAAGCCCUUCAGAAAGAACAAAACGUGUUUGCUUCCAGAGAUGAACAUGUCCUCUCAACUCUAUGUUUCUGAACUAAACCUGAGUGCCUUUGGUACCAACUUUACUGUGCCUACUGUCAAGAGCAAGUCCUCGCCGUGUGAGCAAGUGGUCAUUGCAGCUGAGGUGUUCCUAACUCUGGGCAUUGUAAGCCUCCUUGAAAAUAUCCUAGUUAUAUGUGCAAUAGUGAAGAACAAGAACUUGCAUUCACCCAUGUAUUUUUUUGUCUGCAGUUUAGCAGUGGCUGACAUGCUGGUUAGUGUCUCUAAUGCUUGGGAGACCAUAACGAUAUACUUAAUAAACAACAGACACAUAAUCAUGGAAGAUGCCUUUGUCCGUCAUAUAGACAAUGUCUUUGAUUCGAUGAUCUGCAUCUCUGUGGUGGCUUCCAUGUGCAGUUUGCUGGCUAUAGCAGUAGACAGGUAUAUCACCAUCUUCUACGCCCUGCGUUACCACAACAUCAUGACAGUGAAAAGAUCAGGGCUUAUCAUUGCAUGCAUCUGGACCUUCUGCACAGGCUGUGGCAUCAUCUUCAUCCUGUACUAUGAGUCAACGUACGUGAUCAUUUGCCUCAUCACUAUGUUUUUUACCAUGUUGUUCCUCAUGGUCUCACUGUACAUCCACAUGUUCCUCCUGGCUCGUACUCAUGUGAAGAAAAUCGCUGCUUUGCCUGGGUACAACUCUGUCCGCCAAAAAACCAGCAUGAAAGGAGCCAUUACCCUCACUAUGCUUCUGGGCAUCUUCAUUGUUUGCUGGGCUCCAUUCUUCCUGCACCUCAUCCUGAUGAUUUCCUGCCCUCAAAACCUCUACUGUGUUUGCUUCAUGUCUCACUUCAACAUGUACCUCAUUCUCAUCAUGUGCAACUCGGUGAUCGAUCCCCUGAUCUACGCCUUUCGCAGCCAGGAAAUGAGGAAGACUUUCAAAGAGAUCAUUUGCUGCUGUAGCCUGAGAGUGGUCUGUGGGUUGUCUAACAAGUAUUAA